UAAUUAAUGCACGUCUCGGACAACUACCAUGUGUCCAAUCUUCUUUCAAAUCUUCCACCUUAGCGUCGAGUUUCGCAUGACCUUUAUUUUCUUAGUACCAGCACUUAGCUUCAAUUUCUAAUUGUUAAAAAGUUGAUUCAGAUGAUGGGCGAAGAAGCUCGUAAAGAAGCAAUGGAGAGUCUAUCUCUUGACGACGAUGAGGACGAUAGCAAAUCGACCUCCAAAUCCUACUCUAAUUACCGAAGUGCCAUGACUUCCCUUUCCGAUUCCCACCAUCCUCUUUCCCCGUCAGUCGUCGCUACACCUGCCGAUUCCGAUCCCUUGUUAGCUCCUCCUGAAACUUCCUCUAUUCAACCACCUUCUCCUUACGCCGACAUCGUUUCCAACCCUCUCGACGCCAGCAUUGUUGAAGAACUUAACGGCAUCCAAAACCCUAAUGACGACUCGAGUAACUCGACAAUGCCGGAGAUACCUCCCUCUUUAAACUUGGAGUAUUUGAAUAUCACGGUUUCAGAUCCGCACAAGGAAAUGGAAUCGGGGUCAAUUGUUCCCGGCAGUAAUACUUACGUUACCUACUUAAUCACUACCAAAACCAAUUUACCCGAUUACAGAGGAUCCGAUUUCAGCGUUCGGAGACGGUUCAAAGACGUGGUUACGUUAUCGGAUCGAUUGAGCGAAGGUUACAGAGGGUAUUUCAUUCCUCCGAGGCCAGAUAAGAGUUUAGUGGAGAGUCAAGUGAUGCAAAAGCAAGAGUUCGUGGAGCAGAGAAGAUCGGCUCUGGAGAAGUACUUGCAGAAGCUUGCAUCACAUCCGGUGAUCAAGAAGAGUGAUGAAUUGAGAGUGUUUUUGCAGGUGGACGGUAAGCUUCCUUUGCCUACGACCACUGAUGUGGCAUCUAGGGUUUUGGAUGGAGCAGUGAAGUUGCCCAAGCAGUUGUUCGGAGGGGACUCAGGGGGGAAUGUCAUUGGCCCGCAGGAUGUUGUGCAACCCGCUAAAGGUGGCAGGGAUUUGCUGAGGUUGUUCAAGGAGUUGAAGCAGUCUGUUGCGAAUGAUUGGGGCGGGUCGAAGUCACUUGUGGAGGAGGAGGAUAAGGAUUUCCUGGAAAAGAAAGAGCAGUUGCAAAAUCUUGAGCUGCAACUAAGUAAUGCAUCAAAACAGGCCGAAUCACUCGUGAAAGCUCAGCAAGAUAUGGGGGAGACGAUUGGAGAACUGGGGCUAACAUUUAUUAAGUUGACGAAAUUUGAGAAUGAGCGAGCUACGUUGAACUCUCAGAGAGAACGCGCAGCUGAUAUGAAAAACGUGGCUACUGCGGCUGUUAAGGCUAGCAGAUUGUAUCGGGAGUUGAAUUCACAGACAGUGAAGCAUUUGGAUAUUCUACACGAACACCUGAGUUUAAUGGUGGGCGUACACCAUGCAUUUUCAGACCGGUCAAGUGCUUUAUUGACAGUGCAGACUCUCAUUUCGGAAUUGUCUUCUUUAAAUUCAAGAGCAGAGAAACUUGAAACAGCAACUUCUAAGAUAUUUGGAGGUGAUAAAUCAAGAGUUCGAAAGUCGGAAGAGUUAAAAGAUGCUAUUAGGGUCACUGAAGAUGCCAAAAGCUGUGCCAUCAGAGAAUAUGAGCGCAUUAAGGAGAGUAAUCGAAGUGAGAUAGAUAGAAUAAAUAGAGAAAGGCAUGUUGACUUUGUGAAGAUGUUGAAGGGAUUCAUAACUAAUCAGGUGGCUUAUACAGAGAGAAUUGGACAAGAGUGGUCGAAAGUUGCAGAGGAGACCAGUCGUUAUUCAAGAGAGUAUGCAUAAAAUGUAUGCUGUAAAACCAGAUUUUACCUUUUCGUUCUUUCAUUCUUGUUUUUAUUGAGGUGUACAGCGGGAACAUUAGAAGAUACAUCUAUACUCAAAUUUUCCUGUUUUCCUGAAUUUCCCACUCACGCUUAAAAAUUAUUUUCUUGUUUCUCAAUGGAAGGUUUCCUUUCAGUGUAUUGUAUGAGUGAUAAGCUGCUAACUGGCAAGCAUGAAACCGAAUUGCAGUUCUGUGGAAGGAUGGCUUAUUUUCUGGAUAGUAUUCAUGGCCAAAUUGAGGAACCAGUGUAAUUGUAAUUCAAUCUUGGCACCCGUCGCUAUCUCAAUGAACUGGAAAGUGUGCAGUGCUUCCUUGCGGCUACCUGCCUUGACCUAUGCCUGUCUUGGACACGAGUGAUAACCCUUAGAAGUAGCCUGUUGAAACAAAAGCUUGAAAAUAAUAUAUCUUUUACUUUGAGGCAUUACGUGCAUUUGCUUCUAUAGUUUUUGGAUGAGCUCAGUAUCCAGAUCCUUGUAUUUACCAGAAUCCUGCUUAAAGUCUUAAGAUUCAAGAGCGAAAUUACAUUUUUGUAUCUGUGUUUAAGGGUUAUAUGUUUUUUGUCUUAUUCCUUUAGUUGUGCAGAUAAUUCUUAUGGAAAA